AUGUCUACAUGGUCAUUUUUUUUUCUUUCUCUUUUCGAUUUCUUUCACUUUAUUUAUUUUUCGUUCUUUUUUUUUUUGUCUUUCUUGCUGUCCUUCUCUCUUUCAUUCGCCCCCUCUUUUUUUUCUUUAUUCAUCUUUUGUUUAUUUCAUUCUCUUUCUUUCCGUCAUGUAUUCCUUCUUUUUUCAAUUUUCUUUUCAUCAUUUUUUACGUCCUCUUUUUCUUUUUCUUCUUUUCUUCUUAAUUUAAUGCAUUUAUUCAUUGUUUCUUUCUUUCUUUUUUCUUUCUUUCUUUUUUCUUUCUUUCUGUCGUUCUCUUUUUCUUUCAUUCCUUUUUUAAUCCAAUCUAUCUAUCUAUCUAUCUAUCUAUCUAUCUAUCUAUCUAUCUAUCUAUCUAUCUAUCUAUCUCAGUCUGUUCUGCUCUGUCUAUCUCACGCUGUUAUCUAUCUAUCUAUCUAUCUCAUCUAUCUAUCUAUCUAUCUAUCUAUCUAUCUAUCUAUCUAUCUCAGUCUGUUCUGCUCUGUCUAUCUCAGGCUGUUAUCUAUCUAUCUAUCUAUCUAUCUAUCUAUCUAUCUAUCUAUCUAUCUAUCUCAGUCUGUUCUGCUCUGUCUAUCUCAGGCUGUUAUCUAUCUAUCUAUCUAUCUAUCUAUCUAUCUAUCUAUCUAUCUAUCUAUCUCAUAG